GAGGUGCAGCGGACUGUAGCGCGGGAGGCGGGAAGAGGUGGGGCUGGCUCUGAAGCCGGAUCCGGAUCCAGUGCAGUGUACCCGGGUGGGUGAGAAUCCGUCGAGCCUGGAGAGGAGCGCAGACUGCUGACCUCUGCGGAUCUUACUGCAAAGAUGAAACCUGAUGAAACUCCUAUGUUUGACCCAAGUCUACUCAAAGAAGUGGACUGGAGUCAGAAUACAGCUACAUUUUCUCCAGCCAUUUCCCCAACACAUCCUGGAGAAGGUUUGGUUUUGAGGCCUCUUUGUACUGCUGAUUUAAAUAGAGGUUUUUUUAAGGUACUAGGUCAGCUGACAGAGACUGGAGUUGUCAACCCAGAACAAUUUAUGAAAUCUUUUGAGCACAUGAAGAAAUCUGGGGAUUACUAUGUUACAGUUGUGGAAGAUGUAACUUUAGGCCAGAUAGUUGCUACAGCAACUCUGAUAAUAGAACAUAAAUUCAUCCAUUCCUGUGCUAAGAGAGGACGAGUAGAAGAUGUUGUUGUUAGUGAUGAAUGCAGAGGAAAGCAGCUUGGCAAAUUGUUAUUAUCAACCCUAACUUUGCUAAGCAAGAAACUGAACUGUUAUAAGAUUACCCUGGAAUGUCUACCACAAAAUGUCGGUUUCUAUAAAAAGUUUGGAUAUACAGUAUCUGAAGAAAACUACAUGUGUCGGAGGUUUCUAAAGUAAAAUCUUUUAAGAAAGACAUCUAUCAAAGGAGCUGAUGCAGCAAGGCUAUACUCUGUUCCUUGAGUUAAAAUAUUUUGUUGCUGCGACCAGGUGACCUCCAUAAAUACUGGAUUGUGAUACAAGUAUAAUGACACUUAGAAGAUUACUUUGGGCUGGUGGGACAUGCUGAAUUUAGAUUACAAAUAAAUUAUUAAGGGGAUGAUUUUUAACCAAAGGAGUAUAUUUUUAACUUGAAUCUUUUCUUGCAUUGUAUUUUUCUAAAGUUUGGCUUCAUUUCCUAGUGGUCAGAGUAUAGGUAGUAAGGAGUUAUGUCUGCUAUCUGUACUGCUCAUUAAAGGAAAAAAAGCAUACAGUGAAUAAGAUUGUUUCUUAUCACAUUCAUAAAAUUAAUAUUUUUGUUUCAAAGAAAUAUAUCUAAAUACCACUUAAGGGUGUGUCAUUUCACAUGUUACAUGAAAUUGGAUGUUAGAUAUAACUAAAUGUAGUACAGUCCAACAUUUGCCUAUCCUAAUACUGUACUGGCAGACAACCUGGUGAGCCUUUAAAAGAAGUAGAAAUGAAGAUUAACUUAUAAAAUGUGACAAUUAAAUAUACAUCUAAAAGUUGUUAUAAUUCUAAUGUAGCUGAAGUACUACCCGUCUUAUAUGUGAAAUAUAAUAAUUAUUCAUUUGUUUAAAUAUCUAAGAGAAAUAUAAGGUACUUUUUAACAGUGAGUUAGUAAAUAAAUCCUGGUAUAUUAUAUAUUUCUAACCUUAUUUCUCAUUUUUCCAUGGGGUGUCCAAAGCCUGUCUUCUAACAUUUUUAUGAAAAAUGGAUUACAAAGUUGUGGAACAUUUUAAAAUGUAUCAUACUACAUUUAUUACAUCCUUAAAAUGUUGAUGGAAGCUUUUCUAUUUAAUGUGACUAUAAUGGUACUAUUAUUCUGGUCACUAUCCUAUUUUGAUUUUAAUUUUUUUUUUUAAGUAAAUAAGAAUUAGAUACUUCACAACUGGUUCUUAUCUUCUGCAUUCCAUGUUACAUUAAACCUGUUCAUAUGAAUAAUUUUGUUAGAAUCCUAAUGUUUUCUGUGCUUAAGUUCUUGAGUUGUCUAUUGAAAUUAUUAGGUCGAGUCAGGGUUAGUAAAAUUUUAAUUUUGUGUACUCUUUGUAAAAGGAACAUAGAACGUAAAAACCACCUGUUUCUCAUCCUGUUGACCCACACCUGGUUCAACUAGAUUUCCUAUUUCCCUCCAUGCAGUAAAGCUAGUUAACUUUCUAAAUAAUAGAAAUUCUUUACCAAUAGAGGGUGUGCUACUUACCUGCUGAUGACCUAGGCAGAUGAAUUGGUGUGUCCCUAGUGAAAGCAACAAAACUAAUUUUGCUUUUUAAGAAAAAGGAGUCCUAUAACCUUGGUAACAGUAGGUUUAUUAGGUAUAUCCUGGUAAUUAAAAACCCAUGUUAAAAAAUAAACCUAAUAGAAACUUCUCUGGUGGUCCAGUGGUUGAGACUCCUUGCUUCCUGUACAAGGGGCAUGGGUUUGAUCCCUGGUUGGGGAACUAAGAUCCCUGCAUGGCUGGGACCCUAAUAAAAGGCAAAUGUUUUAUUAUAAUUCUUACCACUAAACAAUGUGAAUAUAAGCUGGCUAUUUCAAUAAAUCCCUUUAAAUAAUGUUCUUACAGUCUUAUCUUAAAUUCCCCCCAUAGGAAACAAAAGUUGUAGGUAAGGUAUAACACAUAAAAAUUGUGUCACUGAGGAAUUGAUGAUCUGCAUGUAGCUGUACUUCACCAGAAAAGCUUGAUUUUACUAAGGCAUCCUGUGGGUAAACUUGAGUAUGAAAAAAACUGCACAGAUACAUUUCAGUAAUACAUUUUUGAGUACUCUUCACUUUUGAAAAGGUAUAAUGAAGUGGCAGUUGUGAUUUUUAUUUUGUUCCAUGUGUUUUAUAUAUUUGUAUUUUACUGACUAAAAUGCACAUCUUUUUUUACAUGUAACAUUUGGAAAUCUGGAUGCAUUUUAUGAUCAAUUGUUUGUCAUGAUUUAUUCAGCAAUAUUUUUGCCUUUUAGUGGGAUCAAAAAGAUGGUGUAGUGAUGCUGAUGAUGACAUCUCAGAUUUGAUGAAGGGUAUUAUGUAGGUAGGCUAACAAGGGGAAAACUAAAAGCAAGAAUUAUUUUUUAAAAUGAGCUGGAAGCUGUUCUAUGAAUGGCCUUACCUCUGCCUUCAGACACAAAUUCCCUCACUUUCAACUCCCAACUUGUUCAAAUAAUCAUUAAAAAAUAUCUUGAGCCUAAA